UGGAUGAACGUGACAAACACGGAAACGAAAUCACAUGAGUAAAGUUGUCGAGGUGUUGUAGCGUAGUGGAGCUCGUUGUGUGUUUUCUGAUUUAACUUUUUUAAACGUGUUUGUGAGCGUAAUUAGGCCGUGACGUAACACACACGGGUGACUGCGCAUUCACUGCUUGGGCCUUUGUCGCAAAACGAAAGUAAAGCGUAGAGGAGUCGAGCGGCCACGGCUGAAAGCAUGGACGAGGACAUGGAUGAGCCUCUACCGCUGCAGCAGGACCUCACCUGCCCCGUGUGUCGCCUCAUCUUCACGGACCCGGUGCUGCUCCAGUGCAGCCACAGCAUCUGCCGGGUGUGUCUGCAGAGGAGCUCCGAGUUCCACCACAAGUGUCCGCUGUGCAGGGACGUGUUCGAGGAGGGCCGGGCCGUCGCCAACCGCGCGCUCAGCAGCGCGUGCGACACCUUCCGGCAACAGGUGAGCAGCCGGCAGCCGAAGCAGCAACAACCCGUCGAGGGCACGUGCAACCUGCACCUGAAGCCGCUGGAGCUGUACUGCGAGAGGGACGAGGAGCCCGUGUGCGUGGACUGCGUCACGCACCACAACAUGCACAGGCUGUGGCCCCUGAAGGAGGGGGCCCCCAUCUGUAAGCGAGAGCUUGGUCACAGAGUUCAAGUCUUAGAAAAGAAAGUGGAAUCAUACACGCAAACCACACAGAUGCUAAAGAAUGCAGUGGAUCACAUCAAGUAUCAAGCCAGUCAGGCGGAGAAACAGAUCAAGGCAGAGUUUGUGAGACUCCACGAAAUACUUGUGGCAGAAGAAGCUCUGCGCCUCAAAGCCCUGUCUACUGAGGAGGACCAGAAGAUUGCAGCCAUGAAUGAGCUGGUGGAGAGGACGAACAAGGGCAUUGUUGAUUUGAAAGAGCUCAUAGACUCACUGAAGAAAGAGAUGGACAAUGAGGACCUAGCUUUCCUGCAGAAUUUCCAGACUUUGAAGAGGAAAGCCUGGUGGAAAACUAAAGAACCUUGUCUCUCCAAUGACUCUCUUUUGGACAUGGGCAAGCAUGUUGGUUCUUUAGGCUUCAAGAUCUGGAAGAACAUGCAGACACAUGUGAAAUAUUAUCCAGUGGUGCUGAACCCAAACACAGCAUCUCCAUGGCUGAGCUUGAGUCCUGACCUGUCUGAAGUAAAGGAAAGCCCCGAGCGACUGACUGCUCCAAACAACCCCGAGCGCUUUGAUCCCUGCGUCUUUGUCCUGGGUGCUGAAGGUUACACCUCUGGGAAACACAAAUGGGACAUCAAUGUUGGUGACAACCCAAAGUGGGUUGUGGGUGUGUGCAAAGAGUCAGUGGCUCGUAAGAAGAAGUUUACGGUGUCUUCAGCUCGAGGAGUGUGGGCAAUAGGGCUCAGUGAAGGGGUCUACACUGCACUAACGUCUGAGCGCAAACAGCUGCAGGUGCAGGAGCGACCGGAAAUAAUCCAGAUUAAGCUAAAUUUUGACAAGGGAGAGGUGUCUUUUUGGAAUAAGGGAAGUUCAAAGCACCUCGUCACACUCACACAUACAUUUGAUGAAAAAAUGUUUCCUAUUUUUGGGCCUGGUCUCCACAGCACACCUGUGGUUUUGGUUCCUGGAAAAAUAGCUGUGCACACAUAGUGAUGAGUUGGUUAUUGAUGUAGAGAUGUAGAAGAGGAUUAUUUGUUUUAAAUAUAGAGGUUUCUAUAUACAUAAAAAAAUAUCUACUAAAGUAUGUUAUUCCAAAAAUUCAAUUACAGAAAAGAUAAAAAGAUAGUGAUGCCAAUAUCAAGGUGAUGGAACAACAUCUGUGGUAUUUUGUUUUAGUACCUGGAGGUCAAAAAAAGCUGAGUGGAAAAGAAAUAUGUUGUGUUUAUGUGUUUGUGUUCUCUUCAGGGGGUUAUAUGUUUGUAAUUACUUAUUUGUAGGUCGAAAUGGUAGUAAAUAGGGAAUCGGGCUGUGGGGAUCUAAAAUAUCUGCUUUAAUGUCUGUGUUAUAUUAUUGUGUCAUGAUUUGUUAAUUUUUUUUAUAAAUAAGAAUACUAAG